ACGCGAUCAGAACACAGAGGAAGAAGAGAAUAACGGUUGAAAAUAAAAGAGUCCCGACUUUCAGUGAAGUUCGCGGCGGGUAUUUUCUUUUACUGUCUAUGGGUAUUAGAAGCUCGAGGGCGCUUAUAGUUCGAUUGUUUGUGUCCGUGUUAUUGACGUUAGCAACCAGUCAUUGUUUCUCCGGUAAUGAAGCGCACGGUUGCUUCUGUAGGUUCUUUAAUAAAGACCCAUUCAGCCUUUGAGUUCAGCAGAGACUGUUGUAUCAGAAGGACUGCGCGUUUGUUUGAGGCACUUUUCACUUCAACUGUGUCUGACAGGAGAAUUUAGCUUUCUGAGCCGUUGAGUUACCAUGGCAACCGCGUACACAUCAGCUGUUGGAGAGGAGAGGAGAGGUCUCGUCUGACAUUUUCUCUGUUUCUCGUCAGUUAUACCAAAGAAAAGGUAAACAACUGCGACAGAUUUUGAUUUCAGGAGUGUCUUAAAAACCCUCUAAAACAGAGGGGAAGUUCCAAGAAAGUGUCUAAUGGGAGCUGCUGACAGAGAUAGAAAACACAGUUUGUUUAUUUCUAAUAAGGAGCUGGAGGCCGUGAAGAAACAGAUCCAUGAUAUCGUGGAGAAGCAGGCCCAGAUGAGCAAGUGGAGAGCUAUGCUGGAAAUAUUCAGGGGUUGAUGCUCAUAAGUCCAGGGUAAGUAUACAGCUAACCCUCCUACCACCUCUACUCUGUGUGGUUCCCGGUGUAUCCAGGAUGAGAUCUUCCCAGAUGUCCUUCACCCUAUUUCACAGUGUAAGACAUGAACCAGGCCCUGGGCGACGACCUCUCUCCAUCCGCCGCCUCCGGUCUUCAGGAUCUCCACCAGAACCCGAUUCGCUCCACUUCGUGAGACAGAACACAACGCUGUGAUCAUCGGAGACUCCAUCGUCCGGCACGUUCGUGCCAUGUUAGCUGAAGGUAAAGUCCACACUCACUGUUUCCCUGGUGCUCAUGUUCUUGAUAUUUCUGCACAGAUUCCCGUGAUCCUGAAGGGUGAGGGGAGCAUCGGAGUGGACAUGUUUCACGCCGGCGUUAACGACACAAUGCUGCGGCAGACAGAGACGCUGAAGAGGGACUUCAGGAGCCUGAUCAAGACAGUGCGCAGCACAUCGCCUGCAUGAUGAUCAUCGUGUCAGGACCACUUCCCACGUAUAGAUGAGGACAUGAAAGGUUCAGCAGACUUUUUGCUUUAAACGAAUGGUUAUUGUCAUGGUGUAAAGAACAGAAACUGCUUUUUGUUAAUAAUUGGAAUCUUUUCUGGGAGCGUCCUAGGCUUUUUAGAUCUCCUGUUGGACAACAUCUCCAGGACACUUCGCUCCAUGUGACUAGUAAGCCAAUUCUCAAAUAACUGCUAUGAUGACUUUUGUUCUACAUGCUCAAAUAGAAGUACUUGUGCUGUCCAAUCAAUAAAGAUUGUGUUUGUUCCAGUGUUAAUUUUGAUAGGCAUUUUUGAUUUAGCAUUAGUCUAAACUCCACCAAACUACUGUUAUAAGCAUGAGCCCUGUCAGACUGGUCGUGGUGGAGGUGUUGCAACAAUAUAUAGUGAUAUUCUCAAUGUUACCCAGAAAACAGGAUACAGGUUUAACUCAUUAGAAAUACUUCAGCUUAAUGUUACACUGUCAGACAUGCAAAAGAAAUCUAAUGUAUCUCUUGCUCUGGCUACUAGGGUUGUGACGAGACACUUAUCCCACAAGACGAGACGAGACACGAGACUGGGUUCAUGAGAGCGAGACGAGAUUUUUUUUUUUUUUUAAGAAAUCCUCAAUGAUAAAAUAAAUAUUUCAUUUUUCUCUACUCCUUUUUCGUAGAACAUGCAUUUUCACAUCAAUUUAUUAAAAGUAAAAAAAAAAAAACAUGUUUAGGGCCCUAUGAAAUGUUUAUUUUUUCCCCAGCAUAUUAUUUUUUAUUAUUAUUGUUAACAAAUUCUGUAUUUUAGCAUGUCUAACUAUUUGAAUGCAUAACACAACUUAAUUUAUUCAUUUAAUUUUUUCUUAAAGGUAGCCUUUUUACUGAUAUAGAUAUCAUACCUCAAAGUGUUGUUACUGACCACUUCCUUGUAUCGUGCAUGCUGCAUAUUACUGAUAUUAACUAUAUUUCCAAAAUGAGCAUUAUGAAUGUAAGAGCCUUACAUUACAUUUAUAACAAUCAUUGUUAAUGUUUGAACUGUAUUUCAGGGCAGUUUGUGAAGACAGAUAAUCAAGAGAAGUCAGUUCCAGAUCCACCCUCCACACCAGACCUCUCUCUCACGAGGAUUGCUGUCUACUAGCAUAUUGUGUUCUUUUCAGACUUCGGGGAAUGCAGAUAUUACUCGGGGACACGAACACAUGAAUAUUGCAAGAAUAGAGAAAGUGACAGCUACAGGAAUGACCACUUCACAGAAAUACCAGAACCCCAAACUCGCAGUAGGACGCUCUGACACAGAAUGGCUGACACCUGCUGUGUCCGAGAAGUUCCAGAGCCGUUUUGGAUGGCGGCCCAACACAGUGGACAGUGGGGACACGGGACUGGGUACCUCUGACUACACUGAAGAUAUCUGCAGCACUAGUAGCAGUCCCUCUUUCCAGCCCAUCCGCAGUCAGAUCCCCAUCCCCACUGCCCAUGUCAUGCCCUCCACAGCCGGAGCUCUGGCCUCCAAGCUCAAGCCACGUGCUUCUGAAGAGGCCCAGGCAUCCUCCAGCUCUUCCAGCUCCAAGUCAUCCCUCCCCAAAUCUGCAUCCUCCCCCAGCCUGGACGCUCAGCACGGAGGAAAUUUAGAUGCAACUGCGGUCAAGCCUGACUGCUUGAGCCGAUACCGCAGCCUAGUUAAUGGCUUCGAUCACUCGCUCUUCCCCUCUGGAGAUCAGACGCGGCUGGAUGAAGCCCAGAAGUUUGAUGUACCUGCCAUGGAGCCAACGCUUAAUCAGUCGGCUCUGCUUGGGGGACUUUGCCAUGAUGUACGGCAGCAGCUGCAGAUGACCGGGCUUGUGGACAAUACAGGCUUGCUAGAACAGACCUAUAAAGUCCUACCAGAGGCUAGGGCAGGCCUCACCUGUGCCGUAGACCCAUAUGGCCAAAGGAACAUUCAUCCAGGGUCCGGUGUCUCUGCCAGGAUGUUUUCGGUACCUCAGGGCCUGCAGACUCAGGCUCUCCCGAGGGACCAGGCCAGCACAGGAGCAUAUGAUCCACUACUGCAGGAACGCUGUUGUGAACUGGCCAGCUGGCAGCAGCAGAAGCAGAAACUCGAGAGUCUGCGGCUACAGGUGGAACAAAUGCAGUUAAUGACCGGAGGAAAUGGACUAUAUUCAUCUCUCCAUCAAGCAACCUCUUACACGGAGAACAGCAAGUGGGAUGCUGUCAUUAAAGCCAAUGAGAACUUGCUAAAAGAGAAAGAACUUACCAUUGAAAGACAGAAGCAGCAAAUGUCGCUGCUGGAACAGCGUCUCAGAGAGAGUGAGCUACAGGUGCACAGUGCCCUCAUGGGACGUGGAGGCCCUUACACUGAUGUGUGUCUGUUAAGACUGCAGGAAGCCCAACGGGAAAAUGCUUUUUUGCGAGCUCAGUUCGCCGAGCGCAGUGACUGCUAUACCAAGGAGAAGCUAGAAGACGACCGCAGACUGGGUGCAGUAGAAGCAGAGACGCAACGUCUGAAUGGGGUCUUAAAAGAAAGCAGUGAAAAACAUGCAGAAGAGCUAAAGAAACAAGAGGAGAGGAUCCGAAGUCGAGACAAGCACAUUAACAGCUUGAAAAAGAAGUGUCAGAAAGAGUCGGAGCAGAACAGAGAAAAACAGCAGCGGAUUGAGACGCUCGAGCGAUAUCUUGCUGAUCUUCCCACCAUGGAAGACUACCAGGCCCAGCACAAAAAGCUGGAGGAAGCAGAAGAGAGGGCAGUCCAGUUGCAAGCCUCCAUCGGAGACCUGGAAGCCCAACUGGAGGAAGCCCGCAGUGCUGUGCGCAACAAAGAAACCCAACUGGAAGAACAGAGACACAAGGAGAGAGAACUGCUUACAACAGUCACCAGUCUCCAGAACAGAGUACAGGAGAGCCUUGAGGACGGAGUGAGGUUGCCUUCUCUUGACAGAGAGAAGCUACAAGAAGAAAACACUACCUUGAAAGAUGAGCAUCUGCGGCUCAAAAAGGUCAUUGAAAAGCAACUCGGGAUAAUGGAGCAGCUUGGCUCACAGAUCAGGAGUCUGGAGGAGCAUCUCUCUCAGGAAGAGUGCAGUAGUCAGGUGCUUCGAGAGGAGGUGGCAGAGAAAGAGGAGAGUCUGCUGCAGUUACGCACUGCUAUGAAAGAGCUCUCAGUGCAGAACCAGGAACUGAUGGAACAUAAUCUGACACUUCAAGAGCGUCUUCAGGGUGAGGAUGUGCCAAGUGGUCCUGGUUUGCUCCCUGUGGGAGCCCGGCUCACCCAGAAGCUGUAUGGAGAGAUGGCCGCCUGUCUGUGUGACCUCCGCUCCCUCUGCAACAUCCUCACCCAGCGGGCUCAAGGUCAUGACCCAAACCUCUCAAUGCUGCUCGGCAUUGCCUCAGCUCCCCCUGCAGGAGAGCAGUGGCAGGACUGGCUGAGCCCCGAGGGGCUGCAGAAGAAGCUGCAGGAAGCUCAGCAGCUCCGUCGAGACGUCGAGGAACUGAGAACCAUAGUCUCUGACCGCUACGCUCAGGAUAUGGGAGAAAACUGCAUCACUCAGUGAGCUCAGACAGUACGGCUUGUGCUCACUGAGGGUAACUCCACAUCACGAGUGCCUUUAAACACACUACAAUCCACUACAAGCCUUCUUCUUGAACGAUCAGCAACACUAAGGACACUGUAAUCUCGCAAACCAGAAGGCUAUUUUUAUACACAAGGUUUCAUAAGAUUUUGCUGACUUUGUGUGCAGUGGAAAAAUAAUUAUUUAAUUUAAACCUUUCCAUGUAUUUGGGAACGUCUGUGAUUGAAGUUGACAAUCAACUGAAAAAAUUUAAAUCUUUUAACAUGCUGUGUUUUUUUACAAUGGCAACAAAGCCUGUGAAGCAGGUGACACUCGGUUGUGUGUAAUAAGAAGACAUUAACUGCAAUCCAUCAUGUGGUCUUACAGUAAAUAGAACGUACCACAUUAAACACACAAUCUAAGGCCGAAGAAAAAUAUUUGGCCAUCUCUGGCUGUUUAAAAUUACACCAGCAGAUCAUAUGUGUAUAAAAUUGGAGAACAGACAUUCCAUAAUAGUAUAUAACAACCAAAGUUCAAUGUGAUCAAAGACAGACCUGUCAGAACAGUUUCCAUAAUGCUGUAAAGAGUCGUGGUGUACACAGUAUUAUGCAGACCAAUAAAUAGGGACAAUUUAAAGCAAGAGGGGGCUGUAAACAUAAUGUUAAAUUCUGGUUGUCUGUUAAAUAAUAUAAAAACAAGUUAAUAGAAUGCCAGUAGUUAGACCUCUUCCUGGUGAUACAUAUAAGAAUUCUGCAAACAUAUGUUCAUGUGACGUUUAAGUUUAGGAUCAAUUAAUUGCAGCUAUGUUAUAAGUAUCGUAUUAUCAAAGGUGUCUCAAGAAUCUCACAACAUUAAUAACUGUCUGGUUCAUAAUUAGUUUUAUCAGCUGUAAAAAUAGCCACACCUUUGAGUCAACACAUCAGAGGAAACCAACUGUUGAAGCAAAUAUUGUAUUCGUGCAUGUCAUCAUUAGAGCAGGUGCCUUGCGUUCAGGGAAGUGACCUGUAUUUGCUGCACAAGGAGUCAAUGUAAACACUAAAUGUCUUUCUCUACUGUAACGUGCGACUACCAAGGUAUUGGGAUUCUAUUACAAAAAGGGACCAUAUAUUGUGGGGAAUCUUGCGAGGUAAAUUGUUAUAUUUUGGUCUAAAAACUUCACUAACACGUGUGAAUGUAAUUUGAUGGUGCACCAUAAUGUUUUUUAUAUUGUAAGAUCUUUUUUCAGGUUAACCACAAAACCAUCCAGGCAAACCUUAUAUGGCAAAAAACUUUAUAUAAGUUAAACAACACUAAAUGUGACUAUAUUUAUAUGUUUGUCUUAAGCUGUUUCAGUUUUUUAGAAAUAAAGCUUUGUAUUUCAUAUGUAA